AUGGCGGAGAGGGUGAGGCGGCUGGCGUCGCAGCGCGCGGUGGUCAUCUUCGGGGCGAGCAACUGCUGCAUGUGCCACGCGGUGAAGACGCUCUUCACGGAGAUGGGCGUGAGCUGGACGGUGCACGAGCUGGACAAGGACCCCCGCGGGAAGGACGUUGAGAGGGCGCUCGCCGGCAUGGUUGGCCAGAACCCACCUGUGCCGGCCGUCUUCAUCGGCGGCGCGCUCGUCGGCCCCACCGACAAGGUCAUGUCGCUGCACCUCGGCGGCCAGCUCGUGCCGCUCCUCCGCCAAGCCGGCGCUCUCUGGCUCUGA